UCAGAUACUUUCUAAGGGUUCUUCCAUCUUGAACAUAAUUGUGUGUAGCCAUGUGGCGUGCGUCGUGUUGAUGCCGACCUUGCAGUAGACAUCGACGCUGCCGCGGUAACACCACGCCUCGGGUAAAUUGAUUCACACUUUAGUUAAGUUUAUCAAUUUCCCUAUCUUCAUUCAAAGCAGAAAGCAGGUCUGGGAGCAUUGCAAGGCUUGAUACAGAUCCCCACGUGCCUCAACCCACCGCACAGGGUUAUCACGAAUGCGCUGGUGUAUGUCAGCGCAUUAAAUGAUGACCUUAUCCACAGGUGGGAUAUAAAGCUUGCGUGCACAGCAACAGGUAAACACAUCGGCAUUGCCCAGCGCAGUCUUAAAGGCCAGCUGACCUGGCAGGUCCUCGACUGAGUAUUAACAAUAGCGGGCAGGGCCUGGGUUUCCAGGAACACGUUCUUCAGCUGGAAUUGCCGCGUGAAGUAAGAACGACAUCAUUUGAUAGCGUUGCCGGAGUAAUGAAGCUAAGUCCCGCGCAGUGCCACAGGUAUGCAACCAACCUUUACAAGUAAGCCUUGUCUACCACUUCCAGGUAUUUAGGAACCGUCACACGUGGACCGGGGCUACUGCAGUUUGACUUGCAAAAAAUGAAGCUGACAAUCUGUUUGAACUUAACUCUCUGAUCACAGAUUUAAUACACCGGAUGUUCAACUUUUCAUGGGGAGUCUGUUUUUGUUGCAAAAAGGCUUAAGUUUCCCGGCAACUGCAAACAGUAGGUCCGAGUUUAUUAUGUCGUGGUCGAGUUAAUGCGGUAAAGGGAUGACGCGGAACAUGUUUAUUACUUGGCGAAGGUUUGAAGGACCAGCGAAAUAGCAAAUCAUAUCGUGUUUUGCUGCUGUCAAGUGUAUCCAUUUUACCCAUAACGUGCAGUCGGUAAGGGAGAUCGCUUUAUUAUUGCCGUGAGAAGACGCGGAUGACACAUAAGGUUUCUGCGCGAGCCUGACGUAGGCACCGCGUGUUAUGAUCAAUACCGGUGUUUGUUCAAUGGUGGUGUUUGAAGAUUAAUUGUCACUAUGAUGUGACUGUGAACCUGACAUCGGACGUUGUGGUGUACACCACGUGGAUACAAGUUGCUGAUAGUGUUAUCCGUCCAUCGGACAAUCUGCCUUGAAAAUGAUGGGAUGUUUUAAUUCCAAGAAACUCAAAUCUAUGACAAUACGUUCAGAUAGCAAGCGAUCCAGGGGGAGCGGAAAGAAAUACCUCCCCCAGGAUACAGGGGAGGGGCAGGCUGUCCCCUCCCCUCGGGGUUUACCUGAAGAACGACCCGAGUUUACAGAGAGACAGAAAGAGAUUGUGCUGGACACAUGGCAGAUCAUUCAAAAAGACAUUGCCCGAGUUGGAGUGGUCAUGUUUAUGAGACUUUUUGAGACACACCCAGACGUCCAGGAGGUGUUCAUGCCUUUCAAGGGGAAAUCAAAAGAAGACCUCAGUCACAGCGCCCAGCUGAAGGCCCAUGCCCUCCGCGUGAUGGGUACCGUCGAGAAGUGCCUGGCCAGAAUCAAUGAGCCCAAAAAGAUGGAAGAACUCCUGCACGACCUGGGAGCCAAACACGUCAUGUAUAAUGCUAGGGUUGAUUAUAUAGAUCUGAUAGGCCCUCAGUUCCUGUGGGCAAUACAACCAGCCAUGAAGGACAGUUGGACACCGGAGAUCGAGCAAGCAUGGUCCGACCUUUUCAAGCUCAUUUCCCACAUCAUCAAGGAGGCUAUGCUACUGUGAAGGUUCACAUGAACGAACGGUGUAAGGCACGGUCACAGGAUAUUCGUCCCUUGACUACCUACAAAACCCCACAUCACAACAGAUGUGAGGUGUGCAGUGGAACCAUGCGAAUUCGUUGUGAGAGGGACAGGAGAACACUUCAAGAUCUAGGGGCUGAUCGACGAUUUGCAGUCAUACGGUACAUUCGAGAUACAUUAUUGUUCUAAACUACCCUGCAAAAAAAAGUUUACACCCAUGCUUGAUGGUCGCUUGGGUAAAACAAACAAGUAAUGUAUACGGGUAUCAUAGUGGUAUUUUGGACUUUAAUUUGUUUUGUUUCUGUGACUGUUUUCAGCAUAGUAACAUUUUGAAAACGUUUAUAAUUUUUUUGUCAAAUGUAAUUUUGAAUCGAUACGUUCUUUUGCCCGGCAGUUUAUAUAACGAAAGUUCACAAAAUUAGGAUACAGACAACACGCAUUUGAAGUCGAUGUGGUGGGACAAACGACAAGAUCUGUAUGGUAUUCGGAAGAAUUGAUGUGUGGUACAGCUGAACAUUGAAAGAGCCGUGAAUUGUUCGGCACAUAUCCUGCCAUGCCUCUCUGUUUAUGAAUCUUGCCAGUAAAUAUAGUCUGAUUGAUCAGGUAGAUUCUGGACAUUGUGCAGUUGCAACAUCUACCCCUGCCGCCACUACUAGGUCUGGCAGUCAUAAUGCUUCAUUUAAUCCAUGUGAUAUAAAGCCGAUUGUAAUGUAUUGAAAUUGAUAAAACUUUGUUAAAGUGUAUAUGUAAUGUAUUAACAUAUAUAUUCUUGUGCCAUGAAUACCCUUAAUUAGUUUUCACACGACAUAGCUGCAUGCACUGAUACGGUGAAACCUCGUUACCACGAAAUCCUGGGGAUGAUCAAAUAUUUUUCGAGGGGGACCAACACUGAUCAUGAAGCGGCGUGUCGACAAGAAAGACAGUCGUGUCAGUGUUAUUCUAUUCGCAACCCACACGUAUGCAGCCCGUCGGCAGCAAUUCUUUAUGGAAAGGCCAAAAAAGUGUUUUUUGCUGAUUGCUGCCCUGUCGAAACAACCCUCUACUUGUGACGUUGCUUUUGUUUCAAGAACUCGUUUUGAAACAUCAAUUUAUUUUGAUAACUUUUAUAGAGAGUUUAUAAUACCGAAAUAACACAUAGAUGAUGAAUUGUUGAUAUCAGAGGUGGCGAAAUAUCCCUGCUCGUACAACAUUGAUUCCACACACGAUAAUGACAUAGACUGAAGCCGAUGCUUGAAAGGCCACAAAUCAACUGUUUGAAAGUACGAGUGGUAAGUCAUGUGUCCGUUCUAAGGUCAUUAACCUGGGGUUCCGCGAAAGGAUGUUGCAAUUAAAACAAACGAAAUAUACAAAUGCAUAACAAAAGAAUUCUUGCAGUGGUAUAAAUUACACUUCCUGCUUUCAUAUCACAGAAAAGUGCUCGUCUCUUUGUAACUGUAACACACAUAGUCUACAUUUUUCUUCUCCGAUAGAGAUACAUACUUGUAAUUGUUUUCCUAUAUAAAAUCAGUGGUUCUACUGUAAUGAAGAAAUGUUAUUCAUUAAACAUUCAAUAUAAAAAUCAAAUAACUUGUUUUACCUUCAAUUCGAAUUUAUUUUGCUGGACUGCUUGCGUGUUAGUGACAAAGAGUACUCAGAUGUACAUGUACUACGUCACUCUUAAACCAUAAUACUGACACAGUCACUGCCGAGACCUACAAGUUCAAUCGUCUUUACCCAUUAUGCGAGUUCUACAGAUAACUAAACGAGUUCCCGUUCUGUACCAUUUAUAUAGCAACGUGUGUAUAUUAAAAUGUAUCUAACCAGAGAAAGCGAGUGAGGUAUGUUUUGAGAUACACGUUGAUACAAGCGCAAUCCAGCAGGAACGAGUUGGUUAUUUAUUCAUUUCUCACUUUGCACAUUAUCUAAAUUCUAUGUUGAAAACAAUACGUCGCUGGUUUGAAGAUGGCAUAUGAAUACAAUGUUCUUAGCUGUUCUCUUAAAGUGCAAACUGACAAUAAAGUGCACAGCGGUUUCCGAGAUCGAUUGUAAGAAAAGAUAACAUGCACACUCAUAACGUUCGUUAAUAACAAAAAUAACCAGCUUCAUAAUAUCAAACUCGGUUCAGUGUAGGCGAGGGGGGCCUGAAAGACUAUCGACUCAUCGAGACAAUCAGUCAUGUGAUGAUGGCUAGGUGUGAGGUGUGAAUACUGUGAUUUCGUACGAGUCAGCAGGUAGUUUUUAUGUUAAUAUGAAAUUGAUUAUAAUUACCGCUUCGCAACAUCAAUAAAGUUGCACGACAGAUUCGCAACACGGGAUCUGAUCGGUUGAAUGAGGACGACAUUUUUAAUGACUGUCCACUUGGCCCAAGAGGGACCUCACUUUCAAAACGAAGUUCAAGGAAUUAGUGGAAACUGUGAAUGUUGAGGUGAUGCUUCGACAUGAUGUGAGUUCAGUACCGAUGCUCUGAACCUUUAUGACAUCUCAAUGCUUGCAAUACGGCGAACAAAAGUGCAAGUCCUUAUACUCUGUAUUUCAAAGGUAUUUGCUCGCGACUCCUGCAAUAGAUGAAAAAACGGACAAAUUCGUACAAUAAAAGUCAGAUUAUAACACAGCGAGGUUUGAGAUGCAUGCAUAUUAUGCCCAAGCAUAUCAGUAUCAUAAACAUCAGUUGGUUUGUUGGUUUGU